AUCAACCAACAAUGAUUUCGGCGAAAAUUCAAAUAUUUUAAUUGGAACGUUCUUUUGAACACCUGAGCGAAAAUGGCCUCCGACGCAGAUUCAGUUGCAGUUUCAACCAUGUUUGAAAAUCUAUACAAACUAUACAAGGAAAAUAACAACUGUGACUUAAUGUUGGUGUCUGGCGACAAGGUGAAGUUCAACACGCACUCGUUCUUAAUCUGUGCUGCCAUUCCAAAGCUCAGAGAUACCAUAAUCGAAAACAGCAAGAAUAACAUCAUGAAGCUUCGUGUCCGAGAGGUGCGAGGUCGUCUAUUGGAACUCGUCAUUCAGUAUGCUUACCUAGGAAAAUGCGACCUGAAUGAGAUGGACAGCGUUACUCUCAUCGAAUUAAUCAAGGCAGCCUCUCACCUGCAGAUGGCAGAGUUAGAAAAUGAGAUUUUGCAAUCGUUCAAGAAAUGUCUCUGCAUGGAGACUGCUUUGAAGGUUCACGCAGACAAAAGUCCGUAUCUAGCAAAAGCCGCGCCGACUGCCGAGGCAUUCAUCCUGCGUCACUUGGUAGAUGCAGUUCCGGCAGGAAUCCUGUUUGAAGACCUACUAACGCUCCUCGCAGAUGACAGACUGCACACUUCACACGAAGAAAAGGUCUGUCUGGCGAUUCUGAACUGGAUCAACGCUGACCUUGAGAAGAGGUCAAAUUGCCUGGUACCGCUGCUUGGAACAGUUAGAUUUGGCUUUCUGCCUCCUGAAUUCAUCGAGAAGAUCGUGAAUCACCCUCUUGUGAUGUCAAACACAGCCGCCCUGAAACUAAUGGAGGAAGCGAUAACGGUUACGCGCUCUUAUCAGGUGCCAUGCACUGAAAUAUCGAAGAAUCCUCUGCCUCUCGAAGUGCGCCCGCGAAUUCCACACAUCUCCAUUUUGGCAUUUGGAGGUUGGAGGACGGGCGAGGAAGUGUGUGCGAUUGCAGAAGUCUACGACAUGAACGCCGACAAUUGGACGCCAGUAGCAACGUUGAAAAUCGGCCAGCCACGGAGCUACCAUCGCGCAGAGGCAAUCGGCGACUACGUGUAUAUCGUCGGUGGCAGCGACAGGGAGCAGAGUCUACGCACGGGGCUCAAACUCAACCCGUCCACGCAUGUCUGGUCGCCGAUCAGCCCAAUGCAUCACGGCAGGUGCUUCGUCUCGACGGCGGUUCUCGACGGCAUUCUGUACGCCUUUGGGGGUCGCGAGUUCGAGCAUCGUCUGAAAUCGGCUGAGGCUUACGAUCCAAAAACUGACCUCUGGACUAAGAUUCCGCACAGUAUCCAAACCCAUUCCGACGCGGCCGCGGCUGGUCUCGACGGCAAGUUAUAUCUCGUCGGUGGCUUCAAUGGAGCAGAGGUGCUGAGCACUCUUGAGUGUUUUUCACCGGACACGAGCACGUGGACUAUUUUACCGUCAAUGAGCAGACCGCGGAGUGGCCUUGCUUGCGUUGCCCACAAAGGACGAUUGUUUGUUUUCGGAGGGUUUGAUGGAAAUACUCGUUUAAGCGACGGCGAAUGUUACAACCCAACGACAGGCAUCUGGACCCCAUUGGCGCCAAUGAAGCUGGCUCGCAGUACCUUUCAACUCGUCAGGGUUGGUGACGUCUUCUACGCGAUUGGAGGCUACAGUGAGCACCCUGAAUCUACCGUUGAGGCUUACGACUCAAUUGCUGACAAAUGGUACACCAUGAGACCGUUGCUCCAGCCAACCUCUGCCAUGGCGUGCGUGGCUGUUGACAACCUGGUGUUCUCAGAAAGCCUGUGGCCCCGAUUUUCUCGCUCUGACCCGAGUUCCUGCCUGCGCGACUUCAGGGUCGACUCUCCACCGUAUCACACGACGGAUGAACCUUUGCCGGAAGGCACGCCUGGAAUGCACCACCCUGGCUUCCUGGAGCCUCUGCCUGUGCCCUGGUCCGACCUUUUCAACUACGACAGCGUCAGCGAGGACGAUACUAGUUUUUCAAACGACGUACACUACGAUGAGCACCAUUUCGAUGACAGCGACUUCUCUUCGGAUCUGGAGGGAGAAACAAACUGA